AUGGAGAACUCAACCCAAGUUAAGCUAUUUUAUCUCUUUGGCUUACAAGAGACAUUUAACAACAAAUCAGUAUAUUUUCUCUUGUCUCUUAUCACAUACCUUCUCAUCAUCACUGUGAAUCUGACUCUGAUCCUAACAAUCAUUCAGGUGAAAGGCCUCCAUGAGCCCAUGUAUAUCUUUCUGUGUAGUUUAUGUGUCAAUGGAUUGUAUGGAACUGCUGGUUUCUACCCCAAGAUCUUACUGGACCUUCAGUCAGAUGUUCAGGUGAUAUCUUAUGGUGACUGUUUGACUCAAGCCUAUGUAAUAUACACAUCUGUCAUGUGUGAAAUGUCUACUCUAACAGUGAUGUCUUACGACAGGUAUGUGGCAAUAUGCAGACCACUACUAUACCAUACCAUUGUGACAUAUUUAACUGUUAGAAAGUUACUCUUAUUUUCUUGGUGUUAUCCUUUAUUUAUGAUACUCAUAGCAGUUAGUUUAGCCAUCAGAAUUCCUUUGUGUGGAUCUCGUAUUGAUAAGAUCCUCUGUGACAUUCCGUCUAUACUGAAACAUGCAUGGCAAUUGAACUUGUCUCAGAGGCUGACCCAAGACGCCGCCGGCGGAGAAGAGUUAUUCGGAGUGGAUUUGUAA